ACAACAAAAUUGAGCGGUUCCAUUAAAAAAAAAAAUGCCGCUUUGCCCUCGUAUAUCAUAAACAAGUUAGAGUCUCACUGAACUGAACGCAGCGUGGGAGUUGUUCGUCGGCGGCCAUUAACACUCAGAGAGAGUUCCUCCAGCUUGAGAGAUUGAUUGCGUAAAAAUUAAAGAUGAGUUACACAGCUUCUUUCCAAACCAAGAGUUUCAACUUUCACUCUUGGAAUGAUCUGCAUGAACUUAACAAUCAAGGGAGUUGUGUUUUUGGCGCGACUUCUAAUCUUAGCUCAAGGAAAAAGAUGUCUAUAUUGCAUCAGAUUUCUCUCUUUUCUACUAAUAGAUGUUGCUCGUCUUGGAAAGGAUUGCGGUGUAGAAGUUUAAAUGCUACCGUUUUAAGUGAUAGAGUGGAUGGAGUUGGCCAUGGGGUUUCUGGCUUUGAGAGUUAUACUGGAAAAAGGAGAAAAUCUAGUGAACGAGUGGAUUCAGUUGAGUCUCUCAACUCUUCAACUUCGUCAUCAAAGGGAUUGUAUGUUAGAAGUGAUGAGACUGCCAACAAUAAGACUCUUGAGACGCAUUGCAAUAAUGGAAAGUUAACGGCUGCAGCAAUAGUGGUUGAGACUAUGGCACGAAAAAGCCAAAUACCUCAUUUUCCUUCUUGCACGAAUUUGAUACGAGGUUUAAUCAAUAAUGGUUAUGUAGACAAAGCUUGCAAAAUCAUGAAUAUAAUGGUUAUGUCUGGCGGUGUUCCUGAUACAAUUACAUUCAACAUGGUUAUUGGAAGUCAAUGUAAAAAAGGUAAUUUGAAAUCCGCUCUUGAAUUGCUUGAAGAUAUGAGUUUGAGUGGAUGCUUCCCAGAUGCGAUUACUUAUAAUACAAUAAUUCGUUGCAUAUUUGAUAAAGGGGAUUCUAAUUUUGCGGUUAGUUUUUGGAAGGAUCAGUUGAGAAAAGGGUUCCCUCCUUAUUCGAUGACCUAUACACUCCUUAUUGAGCUGGUUUGUAGACAUUGUGGGGCUUCUCAAGCCCUUGAAGUAUUGGAAGAUAUGGCAAAGGAUUGUUGCUAUCCCGAUAUCAAUAUGUACAAUUUUCUUGUAAGUUUUAGUUCUAAACAAGGGAAUUAUAAAGAUACUGCUUUGGUCAUUUCCAAUCUUUUAUCCCGUGGGAUGCAACCGGAUGUUGUGACAUACAAUAUGCUUAUGCACUCUCUUAGUAUCCAUGGGCAUUCAGAUGUGGUUGACGAUAUUUUGAAGAUUAUGAAUGAGACUUCCAUUUCACCUUCAGUUUUUACUUACAAUAUUCUGUUGAGUAGUUCAUGUAAAUCUGGAUUCCUGGAUCGUUCCAUAAGCUUAUACAUCAAAAUGAUUUCUGAGAACUGUUCACCAGACAUUGUAACUUACAAUACUCUUCUGAAUGCGUUAUGUAUAGAAGGAUUUAUAGACGAGAGCAUUCAAUUACUUCGCUAUUUGUCCGGUACUAACUGUCCUCCUGGAUUGGUCACUUAUAACAUAGUAAUUGAUGGGUUGGCUAGAAAGAGAUCUACAAAAGCAGCCCAAGAAAUGUAUGGGGAAAUGGUGCAAAAAGGAAUUCAACCAGAUGCUAUUACCCACCGUUCUUUGAUAGGGGCUCUGUGCCGGGUAUAUCGAUUUGAAGAAGCAGUGAAGCUAUUGAAAGUGAUGUAUACAAAAAGACAAACGAUUCAAAAGGAUGUGUAUAGAUGUGUUAUCCCAGGAUUAUGUAAGCAAAAGAAGCUUGAUAUCGCGAUUCAAGCUCUAGAAUUAAUGGUGAAAUGUCCAUGCAAGCCGAAUGGAAAAAUAUAUUAUUCUUUAAUUAAGUCUCUUGCUAAUGGGGGUAUGGUAAAAGAGGCUAGCGUUUUGCAUCAGAAGUUGAUCGAAUGGAAGAUUCUAAAAGAGGACUCGUUUGAUUUAGUUUGAGUUCACACUUAGAUUGUCCAAAUCCAAUACUUCUUCUAGCCAUGUACUAACUAUGCAUUCAUAUCAGGAAAGAUCGCUGGAUUGGGUACUCAAUUAGGUAUUGUGAUUUCCAACCACAUCAGUUAAUAUAAAAUUGAGAUGGAGUAAAGGUUGACAUACUUAGCUUCAUUGCUACUCACUCACUGGCUAUUUGUAGUGUCAAUUUAAUCUUCUUUAAUCUUCACAUCUGCAGAUUCUCAGAGGCCUCCAAUAUUUGAAGUUGACAUUUUUGUUGGUUUUGGUAGUUUAGGUUCAUCUAUAUUGACUUCUUAUGGUGUUACUAUGCUGUUACUAUGAUAUGUGUAGGUUGAAUAGAAGAAACACAAAUGGAGAUAUUGGUUUAAAAUUGAAACUAUGCUUCUUGUGAUUCAUCUAUUCUAGUAGAAGAUUAGAUGCUAAUGCAACAUGUAUUCAUAUUUUCUAAAUAGACCAUCGAAUAAAGGUUCUAGCACGCAUAACAAUACUUUUAUGUUUUUUUAGUAGUGUUAUUUUGUCCCAAACCAACUUAUAAUUUUGUUUUUUUGUUAAUGUUA